AUGAUGAUCACUAAUAUUUAUCUUAUCACGGCUAUUGCUGUGAUUGGAGGCUCGCUAUUUGGCUUUGAUCUGUCGUCGAUGUCUGCCAUCCUUCCUACCAACCAAUUUAGAUGCUAUUUCAAUCAGGGGCCCAACGGUCCUCCGUUCAAUAACUUAACCGAUUGUUCGGGCCCACGUUCUACAGUGCAAGGUGGAAUCACGGCCUCCAUGUCUGGAGGCUCUUUCAUUGGGGCAUUGAUCUCGGGGUUCGUAACUGAUAUGUUCGGCCGCAAAUCCGCUAUUCAAAUGGGAUCUAUAAUAUGGCUUAUCGGAAGUACCCUCUGUUGCGCCUCUCAGAACAUUCCUAUGUUAAUCGUGGGCCGAUUUAUCAAUGGCCUGUGUGUCGGAACAUGUUCAGCGCAAGUCCCUGUGUAUGUUGCGGAGCUCGCACCUCCUCACUUAAGGGGCGUAGUGAUGGGUACUCAACAGUGGGCCAUCACAUGGGGCGUUUUGAUCAUGUUCUAUAUUUCCUACGGCUCUUCCUUCCUCGCUGGCCAGGCGGCUUUUAGGCUGCCUUGGGGUCUCCAGAUGAUUCCUGCACUUAUCCUGUUUUUAGGAUUAUUUUUUAUGCCUGAGUCCCCGCGCUGGUUAGCAAAGAACGAUCGCUGGGACGAAUGCUGCCAUAUUCUCUCUUCUAUUCAUGCUAACAACAAUCUCGAUGAUGGGUUCAUUCAGAUGGAGAUCCAACAGCUCAAAGACGCCUGCGAGUUGGAGUGCAGCAAGACCGAUGACACUUACUUGGAUUUAUUCCGGCCGCAUAUGAUUUGGCGGACGCACAUCAUCGUCUUUGUCCAGAUAUGGUGUCAACUAACCGGAAUAAACGCUAUUCUGUAUUAUAUCACUUAUAUCUUUGGAAUGGCAGGCCUCAUUGGCAGUUCCAAUUUGGUGGCGUCAUCCAUCAGCUCUGUGAUCAACGUGGUUAUGACGAUACCCGCACUUCUCUUUAUGGAUCGGAUCGGACGCCGCCCAUUACUGAUAGGAGGCAGUAUCUCUCUUACCAUCUGGUGGACUAUAUGUGCGGGCCUAAUGGGAGGCUAUGGCGGCCCGGCUCCCCCAGGUGGUUUGGACCAUAUCCCCGAAGAGAGCUGGUUGAUCACAGGGGCACCCGCCAAGGUUGUGAUUGCUUGCUCCUAUCUUAUUGUUGCCUCUUUCGCCCCAACUUGGGGGCCUGUUGAGUGGGUGUAUCCAUCGGAACUUUUCCCCUUACGUCUGCGAGGCAAGGCCGCUGGCUUAUCUACAGCUAGCAAUUGGGCAUUCAAUUUUGCUCUGAGCUAUUUCAUCCCGCCCUCUUUUGUCAACAUCACUUGGAAGACCUAUAUUAUUUUCGCCGUGUUCGCCUUCGCCAUGACCCUUCACGUUUUCUUGGCUUUUCCUGAGACAUCAGGGAGGACCUUGGAGGAAGUUGAAGAUGCAUUCAAGGGUGUUACUCUAGCAUGGAGGAUGGGGAUAGAUAAACGUCAGGAUGAGGAGAGAGAGCUCGAUCAAAGAUCAGAGCAAGAAAAACAUGAUGGAUCUAUGCACGUUGAAGAAUUUUCAGAAUCAACGUAG